AUGGAUGUUAUGAUUGAAGGUCACUGUACAUGUGAAGCUGGAAACUCACAAUCCUGCAAUCACCUCGUUGGACUGGCAUACUACCUUCAACAUUUGAUUUUGAAUGGGCUUAAGCAAGUUCCUGAAACUGCAUCAUGCACCUCAAUCCCGAUGGAGUGGAAUAAACCAAGAGGAACAAAAAUUCUGCCAGAACAAAUUCCUAAUAGUGUAUUCAUUGAUUCAACCAACAUCGAAAGGAAAAAAGCACCCGUAGUUUGUCGGAUAAAAAGCCCCAUAAGAAACAGCAAGUUGGAGAAAAUCACACAAUCAAGUGUUGCUCAAUUAAAAACUGCAUUAAAUAGUAUCAAUCCAUCGAUGCCAUUCGCAAGCGCACUUUGUACCCAAGGUAUGACUGCCCAAAAUAGAAUAUUUAUACAGGAUGUUAUAUCUGUGCCAGCGUCGUCACUAUUGGGUCAUAUGGCACGUGUAAAAAGAAAUGCCGUUUCUGUGAUAGGACUUGCAGAGAAACAUGUGGAAGAAGUGGAAGGACUACCUUUAGCCUUGCCAUUGGACACAAAAGAAAUGGUGGAUAUUUUGAUAAGUGUGGCGCCAGUUCACCAUGCCUCAUUGGAUACACUUACCAUGGAACAAGCUGCCAGAAUAGAAAAUGAUACGAGGCAACAGAAGUAGAGUCGAUAUGGUGGUUACUCAUCACCCCCCACUCCUAUGACGUCACGUUCCUGACCCUAGCCUUGACCUUGAAAAAUGACCUAGUAAUGUUCUGACGUCACACGACCUUGGCCUUG